CUGCUGUUGGAGAUUGGCAUCAGAGUUUUGUAGUAGGCUGACAAAUAUGUCGGUCUCUGGGAAUCUCUUGGUCACCAAUAUUAUGGAUAUAUGAGAAGAGCACAUAAUUGUUUUGGGAUUAGAUUCACUUGUUUUUUUUUUCUUUUUAACUUCCGUAUUGGCGGAGCGACCUGCAGACAGAUGCUGGUUAUUUUAAAGAAGUAAAAAAAAAAACAAGCAGCUUCCACCACUAGCUAACAGUUAGUUAAGCUAGCUGCCUGUAGUAAAAUAACGUCAGAUGUAUCGGUGGCUGGCUAGCUAGCCAACCAUUUAACGUUAUCUGUAAAUUAGCUUGGCGCUGGGAGAGCUAGCCGCCAGAGCAAGACCCCUGCAGCUUGCUGGCACCGCCGAAUGACUCGUAUCGAUAAUAAUGGAUGUAACGACUGCUGGUUAUAAUCCCAAGAGGAAAUAACGCGACCAAGACUGGCACAUCUCAUUCACCGUUUUUGGACCCAGAGCCAUUGUAAAACCCCUCACAGGUGCAGCAUCCUGACCGACCAUCAGACUGGAUUCACUUGUUUUGUGACCGAGGACGACCUGCUGAAGUUGAUAUUCUAUACUGCCACCUCUGUGUUUCAUCCAUAUACACAAAGCGAUCCACAUCGCGAACGAGGAGGCCACUGAUCAGCACUAGAUGGGGAAAAUUGCUUGCAUCCUGUUUUCAAGGUUGGAGAAAAAUACUUCAAACCUGAAAAACCUCAAGAUACAAAUGGCCCUAGGAGUCUUCAACACAUAAAAGCCACAGUUUUUCACAUUUUUGUUGAGGUCAUUUUUAGGACACUGCUCUGGAGAGGCUGUAUCCUCCAAGGGAUUGUUGUGGGAGGGUGUUAUCCAAGCCUCAGUGCUCUCCGCUAGGGAAGGAAGCAGAGGGAAGGCCCUGGAAGUCCCUGGAGAAGAGGGCAAAAAAGAAAACGGCCUGUCUGACUCUGGGAGGCCGACGAUUACAUAAGUAACAGGCACGGUUGUCCACUAACACCAUGGAACAAGGAGACCAGUGGGGGAACUGAGUUAUCCUAUGUUGCUAUUGCUGGUUGCUAUUUGAGAUAAUACCAUCAUCUAUUCACACAUAACCUCCAGCACUCCAGAUCAACAGUGUAAUUUUUGCUCUUUCUCACAAAUUUAAUUUACAUGGAUACUAAUGGAUGUUCGUCUGGAUUUUCCCUCAGUUGUUUUGGAAAGACCCACACCAUCACUUCUUGCUUUCUGUCUUCCAGUCACAUCCCUGGUGCAGCUGGCAGGUGAGGUGGUUUGAAUCAGCCACCGGCGGUGUUUAGGGAUGCCCCGACACAGGAAAACCAGGCUACUCCACUGGCCCGCUUACAGACUGUUGUUUCUAACACGAGUCCUGGACUGAAAGCAAAUUGUCUCCUUCUCUAACAGAGAGCAAGGGGUUGUCAUUUUUUUAUUUACAAGACUUUUUCUCACAUUGCUACAGCUGCCCAGACUGCUGAUCUCCGGGUGCUAAAAACUUUACGUGAAUAGGAAUCUCCAUACAUUUUGCUUGCACAUACUUAGCUACAAACUGCCAAUUUCCAAUUGAGGUCUUGACCUGCACUUUUUCUAAGCUGAAGAAAGUCACAGAGGAAGGAAAAUAGACAGCCAAGUCAGAUUAUCAUCUCAGAUUUCUUUCAAGAUCUCCUCUCCAUUUUCUCUUUCUUUCAGCCUCAUUUCAUCUCUUGCUGUUCCAUCUUGUAAGUCCAUCUCCUACCAAAGCAGGUCUACCUCUGUCAACUCUUGUACCUCACUAAACUCCCACUUAUAGACCAAUCAAGUCAAACUGGACCAGUUCAGAUCAGGUGCAAGGUUCAUCAGUUUAGCUGAGGUUUUCUGUCUGUCAGGAUUUAAUUGGACUUUCACAGCAUUGCAUCACUUAAGAACUAAAUUAUUGUGUUUUGACAGAAGGGUCCAAAAACCUUUUACAUCUAAAUAACAGCCAUGUUUUUUUAAAUUGCACUGUUAUCAUGAUUUUCACCAAGCCUUUAUUCACCUUGCUAAACAACAAGCAGAUUUUCUCUUUUUAGACAGAUUUUACUCUUGUGGAAAGAGAUCUGUAAGAAUUACCAUUUUCUAAUGGCUUGUAGUUGUUAUUGAUUGACAUGUUGGGUAGAACAGAGUCAAACUAGUGUUGUGUCAUUUAUCUCCAGCUCUGUAAGAGAGAACUGUCCGGACACCUCUUCCUCUUUACAAUCUUUGGCUUAUUUGUUGAUCCUGCCUUCCCACCUGUUUUUCUGGCUGACAGGAAAACAAGGCUUUAAAGCAGAGUGACUUGUAAGCUUCUUUUAAUCUCACACACAUAGUAGAUCAGGAUUGACCAAAGAAACAAGAAAACAAGUGUUCGCUCCUCCUCCCAUCUCAGUGUGGUGAUGCAGAGGAGUGUUUUCCUCUUUUCGACGUGAAAGAGGAAGCCCUCAACUAUCCCUCCAUCUCUUUUGUAUCUCACCUUUACAUUUUCUUUUCUUUUUGCCAAUCCAUCAUUUCUACCCCCAAACUACAAAUCCACUCAAUACACCUAAAGACUGAACUCUGAAUGACAAAUUCCGUGGCAUAGCAGUUGCUGAACAGACACACACACCAUCACACACAGGAAGUGAUGCCAGGUGGCAGCAGUAAGAGUGGAGGGCGGGGUCCAUCCUCGUCACCCCUCCCCCACGCCGUGGUCCCGCCCAGCAGACCCCUGCGACCCUCCCGCUACGUCCCGGUGUCGGCAGCCACUUUCUUUCUCGUUGGCUCCACCACGCUCUUCUUCUGCUUCACGUGUCCGUGGCUUUCAGAGCGUUUCUCAGUAGCUGUGCCCAUCUACAAUGGAGUCAUCUUCCUGUUUGUUUUGGCUAACUUCUGCAUGGCCACAUUCAUGGACCCCGGCAUCUUCCCGAGAGCCGAGGAGGACGAAGACAAGGAGGAUGAUUUCCGUGCUCCCCUCUACAAGACGGUGGAGAUCAGAGGGAUCCAGGUCAGGAUGAAGUGGUGUUCAACCUGCCGCUUCUACAGGCCGCCGCGGUGCUCCCACUGCUCCGUCUGUGACAACUGCGUCGAGGACUUCGACCACCACUGUCCGUGGGUGAACAACUGCAUCGGCAGGAGGAACUACCGCUACUUCUUCCUCUUCCUCCUGUCUCUGACAGCUCACAUCAUGGCCGUGUUUGGCUUUGGCCUGCUCUUUAUCCUCUACCAUCGCCAGAAUAUCGACCGCCUGCACGCCAUCGUCACGCUGGCUGUAAUGUGUGUUGCAGGCCUGUUCUUCAUCCCUGUUGCUGGCCUCACUGGGUUCCACAUAGUGCUUGUGGCCAGAGGCAGGACUACCAAUGAACAGGUAACGGGAAAGUUCAGAGGAGGUGUUAACCCGUUCACCAAUGGCUGUUGGAAGAAUGUCUCUCAUGUCCUCUGCAGCUCACUGGCACCCAGGUAUCUGGGCAGAAAGAAGUGUGUGCAGAGUGUGUGUGUGCAGCCUCCUUUUCUGCGCCCACAGCUGACAGAGGCCCAGCUGGCUGCAAAGAUCCUGGACAACGGCAUACAGGGAGACCUGCACCGGUCCAAGUCCAGUCUGGAGAUGAUGGAGAGCCAGUCAUGUGACGCUGAGCCUCCUCCUCCUCCUAAACCAGAGCUCCGCUACCCUGGAAUCACUAGAGGAAACACAGAGGAGUGCAGUCUACUGAACAAAGCCCCUCCCACCCCCACCAUGUACAAAUACAGGCCCACCUACAGCCCUAGCAAGAACCACACAGCGCUCACACACGCUUACGCCAACCAGUUAAGUCGAGGGGAGAGUGUUGGCAGUGCCAGGGACUCCUCCUCCUCCACCUCCUCCCUCCUCCAGGCCAGCCAGCAGCCUGGUUUCCGCUCCCAGCCCAGCCUGGACAGGAGGGACACUUCAUCUGACAGAGUGGGAGGGGGAGGAGGUGGGGAGAGGAGGGAGGGAGGAAGAGAGGUGGGAGGAGGGGGUAUCCCAGGCUACUCCCUUGGCGGACGAUCGUAUCCCUCCUUCUCCGACCCCACCGUCCUGUCAGGAGUGGCGUCUCGAUCUUCCAGCUCCACGCACACCUCAGCAGGCGCUGCCCAUGUGUCCGAUGCAACCGCCACCUCAGCCAGCUUCAAGAGCUUAGCCAAUCAGACACCCCCACCUCACCACCCGUCACGCAAUGGAAGCCUGUCAUAUGACAGCUUACUGGCAGGUGGUGACGAUUUCGACAAAGGAGUGGCAGCGGGUUCAGCGGCCCCUGAGGUUUCCUCUGGGAGACCCUGCACGCCGGCAGCAGGCGGCUACAGCUCCCCUUUCCUGUUGUCACAACAGAGAGUUGCUGAGAUGCACUCCCAGUCCUCCCAGUCGCCCCUUCACCACCACCGCGCCUCCCACCACCACCACCACCACCACCCCUUCCUCCAUCGCUCCUCCUCCUCCACGUCCUCCUCCCCGCCACCUCUUCCAGAGAGGGAGCACCUGCUGGGCGAGCUCCACCCCGGCGUUCUCCCCGCCUGCCAAUCAGGCCUCUGCUCCCCCUCCUCCUCUGCCCCCUCCCCACACCACCAUCACCACCACCAUCACCACCACCACUCCCAUCACCACCACCACUCCUCCUCCUCUUCCUCUACCUCCCGCCCUCCCCGCUUCGCUGCCCCUCACGCACCACCCCAUCAUGCUUAUCCCUUCCGCACCCGCUCCACUGACACCCCUGGGGGCUCCUCCUCCACCUCCACAACCCACCCUCCCCGCUCCCCGCACCCUCCACCUCUGGGCAAGUCGCUCUCUUACUCGAGUGCUGCCGCCGCCGAAAUGCAGUACCGGCUGGUCCGAAAGGCCUCCGCAUCAGCCGGAGCGAAUGCGGCGGGGGUAGGAGGAGGAGGAAGUGGAGGGAUGGGAGGAGGAGGAGGAAUACAAGCGCCGAAGGAUGAGCUGAUCCAGAUGAAACUGCUCAGUCGGACCAACGGCGGCAAACCCUUUUCCUCCACCUCCACCUCUUGCUCCGCCCCCUCCUCUCCCUCUCACCCAGUCAGCGUGUCCGCCCGGCCCGGAGUGGCCUAUCCCAGCUCGGCAUUGAUGCAGAGUCCCGCCCAUAAGCCCCAGGGUGGCGGGGUGAAGAAGGUGACGGGCGUCGGAGGCACCACCUACGAGAUUUCAGUCUGAGUGGCAGCCAGCCUCCAGCUCAAGGACCAAUAAGACGAAGAGGAAAUACUGCUGUCUCUUUCAUAAUGCAAGAAACCACUGACCGGCUGUAGACCUGGACAUCCGAGGAUGAGUUGAGCCAUUUUGUCCAGGUCUCACUCCUCACUGGCUCGGUGACCGUGGAGCUGAACUGUACCGGCUGUCCUGCCUCCAGACAUCCACCUCAGUAACUCUGCUGGCAAAAGGAGAGAAGACCUGGACUGAUGUAAGCGAGGACUGGUCCUGGGCUAGAAAAGACAUGUUUUUUGGAUCCCGCUGGACCAACCAGGAACCAUGAUUUGGCUCAUUUGUGUGGGUUUGAUCCUCAGUGUACUGAGCGACAGUAGCACAAGGCACUACGUGGUCAGGUCCGGGUGUUACAUUAUACAAGUAUAGCAGCGCAAGCACCACUGCCAGGGUGAGGCGUUCGACCCCCACUGGAGCCACCAGAGGCCUGGAUCAGGGUUUGGCGACUGUACGUUUAGGAAGGUUCAUAUCAGUACUUUUGGACUGAAGCUGCAUUUAGGUAAAAAUUGGUGCAGAUGUGUGAUAUUUUAACACUUCACCAGUUCCACGCUCACAUUUAGAACAUCAAUGAACGCAUUCAUGCAUAGUCUGUAAAAACCAAUCAAAGUAGAAUCCAUUCAAAGUUAAGGGCUUCCCAUAGACGACCAGUUUAGUGUCGACUAAAUGUGUGAGCAGACGCAAGUCAAAUCAGAUUAAGUCAUAGCUAGUUCUUAAUACAAGUAGUCAGUUAAACCCUCCUUUUAAUAACAGCAUCCGCCAAAUGGGGCAUGGUGUGCUUGCACUGGACCAAGAACACUAGUGGUGUUAGUGUGCCCAGGUGUUGUGUGGUGCACGGAGUGCGUGGAGAGCCCCUGUGACCUGUUGUCACUCUCCUCCAGGCCGUUGUCAUGGAAGUGCACGACCCCGGCACGACGGCAGUAAUGCGGCAGGUAGGAUCUGUUAUGGCCUUGGCGGGAAGGAAUGUGACCGUUACCUUCUGGAUCGCUGACGCUGCGUGUUUGACUUGCCUUUUGAUGGAGGGAUGAAAAAUGUGACAUUGAAAAAAGCAAAACAAAAUGCUGAUUCCCUGUUUCUUUGAUUCAUUUGUUGAUUUAUUCCUAGAUGUGAAUAUGUUUGUACAGGAUGAUGUGAUUUUAAAUGUGGAUGUAUUUUUUUCAUUUUCAUUUUUUAAAGUGGCGUUCAUACCGUACUGCAGCAUGCACUACUAUUACUACUAGCCACUGUAGGCCACUGUGUUUGGCUGUGGACCACGGCGUCUGUUUGAACAAACAGGAAGUGAGGAGAGUAAAGUGAGCGAGGAAAUCAUGCUUUGGCCUUUUGUUGUUAAUGGGGUCCUUAAGACGUGGCAGACACGUCUAGAAAAUGAAUUCAUUGAGCAAUUGCCUUGAAAUUUCAAGUGUUUUUUAUGUCACCUAUUUAAUUUGAAAUUGUUUUAUAUGAAUUUCUAUGAAAAUAUAGCUAUUGAUAAAUGAAGAGUUUUUAAUAUUGACUCAAAAGAGGGAUCGCGUUGUCACUUUCAGAGUUCUGAUAAAAAGAGCCCUUCUGAUUGGUUUAGGCUGAAGCUCCACAGUUGAUCUUCUGUUUUCUCUGAAAGAAUCGGAGGUGCAAUGUCCUAAAUGUUCUAUCUUCCAAGAUCACGUGGAACCAACAGGACUGUAAUCUCUGACAGCUUAUCUGUAAAAUGGUCUUCAGUAAUGACUUCAGUUAGUCGUCGUCUAUAGAAAGGAACAAGGUCUCUGUUCUGCGAUCGAGUAUUAGGGCCACUGGAGAAAAAACUGUAAUGUUAUGAGAAGUCAAAACUUUACAAGAAAGUAAUUGCGAGAUGCCAUUACUUGAUAAGGUCAUUUUCUGAGGGAAAAUGAAGUCGUAAUUUCAUGAGAAAGGUUGGAAUAUUUGAACACAAAGCAUUCUAAAAAUAUGGGACUUUCCCCCUCGCAGUGGCCCCGAUACCCUGUCUUCCUAUCGAAGCUGUAGACUAGAUCUGUGAAAUUCCCUCUGGUCUCCUAAUUCAUGUAAAUUUAACUUGAUUUGUGAAUGAAGGUGCUCGAGAUGCAAUUAAAGGAAGCUUAUACAAACUUA